CUCCGCUGUGUGCGCUACUUCAGGGGGAAAUGUGGGCAUUUUCUGGCGUCUAAGUCGUAGGUCUGGGAAUAGAAGGGCUGCAGUGGCUGCUACCACUUGAAUGGGGGACUUGAUUUGUUCCAACGCAGACUACUUGUCCUGUACUUGACGUUCAGACGACGGGCAAAAAAGCCUGAACCCUGUCAGACACAUGUAUUCACCUGCCAACUUUAAUGGCUGAGCUGCACCGAAAUGUGACCUCAGAGCGCUUUAAAUUCAUCAAUUUCCCUAAACAUACAGUUCAGUUUCUCACCUUACUUGUUUAAGAGCAAAAUGCAUUCAAUCGUGUUCUAGUUAGUGCACACCACCAUUGAAUACUGACAUAAGAGAGUUUGCUUCGGGCUAGUUUGUUAGUAGUUGCUGCCACCUGCUGGUGGAACAUGCAAACUACAACAUUUGUCAUUUGGACAAAUCGCUCAAACAUAAAUACAUUAUAAAUACACUAUCAAUACAUGAUCAAUACAAGAGCUGUGCUUGUGUGUAAAAAUCCUAAUACUUUUGAAACUAAUUAAUCAGGUCCAAUCAGGUCCAAAGUAAAAUAAAUAAACAAAUGUUUAUCAAGGAAUAUUCCAGUAGGCUGUUGGCUACUUCCGGCUCUGCUGUGAUUGGUCAGUUUGGGAGAGAGGAAAUAAAACAUUGAUGGUUCCUCCUCAUCAUCAUCCUCCUCCUCAGCCUGUGGGUGCUCUGGUAGCUGGGUGCUCAGCUGUUUGGCAGUAACGCUUUAUUCUGAAAGGAGAGGGGGACCUACCAGACGCCAACAUGUCGAGCAAAAGGGCCAAGGGAAAGAACACCAAGAAGCGUCCUCAGCGUGCCACCUCCAAUGUGUUCGCUAUGUUUGACCAGUCUCAAAUUCAGGAGUUCAAGGAGGCCUUCAACAUGAUUGACCAAAACAGAGAUGGUUUUAUUGACAAAGAAGACCUUCAUGACAUGCUGGCCUCAUUAGGUAAGAACCCCACAGAUGAGUACCUGGAGGCAAUGAUGAAUGAAGCGCCAGGCCCAAUCAACUUCACAAUGUUUCUGACCAUGUUUGGAGAGAAGCUGAACGGCACUGAUCCCGAGGACGUGAUCCGUAACGCUUUUGCCUGCUUUGACGAAGAGGGCACCGGUAUGAUCCAGGAGGAGUACCUGCGGGAGCUGCUCACUACGAUGGGAGACAGGUUUACGGAUGAAGAAGUGGACGAGCUCUUCCGAGAGGCGCCCAUCGACAAGAAAGGCAACUUCAACUAUGUAGCAUUCACACGCAUACUAAAGCACGGCGCCAAAGACAAAGACGAUUAGCGACAGUGGCGACUCUGGAGAAGGUUUAUUCUGUACUUUGCGUGUAUCUUUAACGGGUCUCCACUUAGAACAGCUAUAUCCUGUUAUGUGGCUCAUGAUAAGCUUCACUGUGGUAAAGCUCACUGAAGGUCCUUUGUUUAAGCUGCUUGUUGGACCAUACCAACCCCCCUCCACUCCAACUCCUCAACCCUACACUACUCCCAAAGCUCAUUUGCACAUCUGUGAAAACACCACCAAAUGGUCUGUAUAAGCUAGUAAAGAUGUAUGAAAAGACCCUCAUGGAUAAAGCUGGAAAUAAACUGCAACAAGGAGUCUGUUACUGCGACUGGUUUGGUUUUACUGAAUCAUUUGUAUUUUGUAGGAAAUUAAAGAGAUGAAAUCACCAA